UGCUUUAUAAAACAAUAUCCUAAAAUCAAUGAAUAUAUUAAUUCUCGGCGCCAUUUGAAUUUGGCUUCUGUUGUUCACUGUCCGGCGACUUGUUUUUUCGCCUUCCGGCGAAAAUUAACUGCGAACUGUAACGAAUUUUCAUAACCCCUAUCUUCGAAAACCCUUGAACACGCACUCCAACAUCGUUGCCAAAUGGAAUCUCCAUCGGCCAAGAGCUGGAGCAUCCACACUCGGCCGGACAUCAUCCGGAAGUACCAGAUCCUCGAGCGUAUCGGAUCCGGCGCAUAUUCCGAUGUUCACCGUGCACGGCGGCUCUCCGACGGCGUCAUCGUCGCUUUGAAGGAGAUCCACGAUUAUCAAUCGGCGUUCCGCGAAAUCGAGGCGCUCCAAAUCCUUCAAGGUUCGCCUAAUAUUGUCGUUCUGCAUGAGUACUUUUGGCGCGAGGAUGAGGAUGCUGUGCUUGUUCUUGAGUUUCUGAAGACGGAUUUGGCCACCGUUAUAGCGGAGGCGAAGAAGCGAGGAUCGGGCGGUGGAGAAUCCGGGUGGAGGCUCGCGGUCGAUGAGGUGAAGCGAUGGAUGAUCCAGAUUUUGAGUGGUCUUGAUGCUUGUCAUAGAAAUAUGAUCGUGCAUAGGGAUUUGAAACCGAGCAAUUUGUUGAUCGCCGACGAUGGCGUGCUCAAACUUGCCGAUUUUGGACAGGCAAGAAUAUUGAUGGAGCCAGAAUUUGAUGAAUCCAAUGAGAUGAAUUCUUCUGAUCAAGUACCUGCAAUUUCUCAGCCACCUGCAAUUUUUUCAGGAACAGAAAGUUCGGUUCGAGAAGGAAACAGAACUGAAGAACAAGAACCAAUUAGCAAAGAGGAGUAUUUUAGAGCUUUAGACGAGCUGAAAGCAAAAAGUUCAGAAACUGAAUUUGAUAAGGAAACAUGUACUUAUGAUGGAGAUACGUCUUGCAUAGCAACAUGUACCACGAGUGAUCUCGAAGAGGAUCCAUUUAAAGGUUCAUCAUAUUCUUAUGAAAUGGAAGGGGGAGUUCCAGCAGAUGAUGGACAGGGUUCUCUCACUUCUUGCGUCGGAACUCGCUGGUUCAGGGCCCCCGAAUUACUCUAUGGCUCUACGAACUACGGUUUGGAGAUCGACUUAUGGUCGUUGGGUUGCAUUUUUGCAGAACUUUUUACAUUGGAACCACUUUUUCCAGGAACUGCUGACAUUGAUCAAAUGAGCAGAAUUUUCACUACUCUAGGCAACUUGACUGAAGAUUCUUGGCCAGGUUGUUCCAAACUUCCAGAUUUUCAGAUCAUAUCAUUCAACAACAUAGACAAGCCUAUUGGCCUCGAAGCAUGUCUUCCCAACCGAUCUCCUGAUGAAAUUUCCAUCGUUAAAAGACUUCUUUGCUACGACCCGUCUAAUCGGGCGACAGCCAUGGAAUUGCUCCAAGACAAGUAUUUCACUGAUGAGCCACUUCCUGUUCCCCUGUCUGAGCUUCAUAUUCCUUCAACCAGAACUGGACAGGAUCUGGAUUCCCCUGCAGGAUGGUACAACAACAAUGACUCAGACUCCGAUAUGGACGUACUCGGCCCCUUGAACGUUACCACAAGGGCCACUCGUUACUCCGUACAAUAUGAUUGAACUGUUGGGAUCGAGAUCGAGGCCAUUUCUUAUCCUACAAUACCAUUAUUGCUCAUCAUACUAGAACCAUCAAAAGCUUGGAGAAUUUAGAUGUCGGGACGGUCGUUCCAAUACCCUUCUCGAAGAAUGUUGUGUCUGAAUCCUAAACAGACCAUUUAGUAUACUACGAUACCGUUAUCGCUCUUCAUACUUAAAACACCAAAAGCUUGGAGAACUCAGUUGUCGGAAUGAUCAUUCCGAUGCCCUUCUCGAAGAAUGUCGCGUUUGUUAAUGUAAUUCGUGUAUAUUUGCACAACCAAAAGAUGUGAGUUUCCCUUCCCUUCCUUUCUUUUUUCAAGGACCUCAAGUUUUGUCUGUCUGCCAAACUGAUCAUGAAUGUGGUUCCUUCUCUCUUGCUUUAUGCUUUUGAUUUUUCUUCCAAAUGAACACAUUUCAAGUAUUUGCUGCA